AUGGCUACCGAAUUAACUGUCCAAUCUGAGAGAGCUUAUCUUAAGCAACCUCACAUCUACAGCAACCCAAAGUCCAAGGUCAGCAAGAGAGCUAAGAGAUGGUACAAGGAUAUUGGUUUGGGAUUCAAGACUCCUAAGACCGCCAUUGAGGGAACCUACAUCGACAAGAAGUGUCCAUUCACCGGUUUGAUCUCUAUCAGAGGUAGAAUCCUCAGUGGUACUGUUGUCUCUACUAAGAUGCACAGAACUAUCGUCAUCAGAAGAGACUACUUGCAUUACAUUCCAAAGUACAACAGGUACGAAAAGAGACACAAGAAUGUUGCUGCUCACGUUUCUCCAUGUUUCAGAGUUAAGGAGGGUGACAAUGUUACCGUUGGUCAGUGCAGACCAUUGUCGAAGACUGUUAGAUUCAAUGUUAUUAAGGUCAACACCACUGAGUCUACCAACAAGUCCAAGACUUUCGACAAGUUCUAA